UAUAAUAUUCACGUAAAUUCCCAUAUUUGGCCCAUUCAGAUACCAAAAACUUAAUAUUUCCCUCACAAGUAAGUCCAUAAAUUCUUAUAAUAUUUUGCCAAUCAUGAAGCCCUUUAAGAAUUGUGAUUUGAUUUUGUACUGUAUUUUUUUCUUCCUCAUGAAUAAUUUUAAAAGCGAAUCCUUCACUUUUAUUUUUAGCACUAACCCAUUUUGUCACACGUCCGUUUUUACGUGGUUUCUCUUCAGUUUUUUCAUAAUCAAUAAUUUCUAGUUGAUGUGCAUAGGAAUUAUUAUUAGUUUUUGGUAUAUUUAAGGAAUUCUUAUUUUUUAAUUUCAUGAUAGUUUCAACUUCUGUUAUAUUGUCAUUAGAUGUAUUUUCCAGAUACUUAGUUAAAUCUUCUUGAUCAGCUUUUAAUUGUUCGAGCUCAUAAGAAUUUUUAAUAGUGAUGGUAAAAGCUAAUGAAUUAAU